AUGGGAAACGAUUCCAUUUCGACAUACGCGUUUGCGAGUCUGGGCUGGCUCUCCCUCCAAGCAGUGCCGCUCAUCGUUUGGCCGACCUUCAUCAGCUCGAUGCUCACAGAGAACGGCGGACAUGCUCAUGCUCCUGCCGUGGUAAACGUCGUAGAGACAUACUUUGCCCGAUACCUCGGUUUCUCCCAAUUGGCCAUCGGCCUCCUCAUCGUCACCCUAUCCGGUGCUCUACCACUCACCACCAACGUGACCUCCCCAAACGACCCCAACUCCCCCUACGCCAACGCUGUCGUCUUCAUCUCGAUGUUCUACCACACCAUCGGCGCCGCCUACGGCUACAGCCGCUACACCAGCAGCGGCGGCCACGUCGGCUACCUGCUCGGCUUCACCGGCAGUGCCAUCAUGUCCGCAUACGCCCUCUGGCUAUUUAUGUUUGCCGGUGAGCAAGCCAAGGUCAAUGCUGCGACUGGUGCCGAUAAGAGGACGAGCAACUUCCCCUUCAAGAACGCUGAGGCUGAAAAAAGGUUUGAUGGUGAUAAGAAGAGGGUCACUCGUAAGGAGAUCUAG